AUGCUUGCCAUGACUUUGAUCUGGGGGAUAAUCCUAACAGUGUGCUCCUAUUUGUGGCUUAUCCUUGGAUUAAGGAGAAGGCAAAAAGGUGAACCACCUCUGGUGAAAGGAUGGAUUCCACACCUGGGCUGUGCUCUGCAAUUUGGAGUGAAUCCUCUUGAAUUUCUCAGAGCAAAUGAAAGGAAACAUGGUCAAGUUUUCACCUGCAAACUAAUGGGGAAAUAUGUUCACUUCAUUACAAAUCCCUUAUCAUACCAAAAGGUGUUAUGCCAUGGAAAAUAUUUUGAUGGGAAAAAAUUCCACUUUGCUACUUCUACAAAGGUAUUUGGGCAUGGAAGCAUGGACCCAAGUGAUGGAAAUACCACAGAAAACAUAGACAAUACUUUCAACAAAACCCUGUCGGGUGAUGCCUUGAUCUCCCUCACAGAUAGCAUGAUGGAAAACCUCCAAUUCAGCAUGACGUUCCAGGGCCUUCAGGAACCCAGGAGCACAACCUGGGUGACAGAAGGGAUGUACUCCUUCUGCUACCGGGUCAUGUUUGAGGCUGGGUACUUAACCCUCUUUGGCAGAAAGCUUACCAAACAAGAUUCAGAAAGAGCAUUUAUUCUGAACAUCCUUGAAGACUUCAAGGAAUUUGACAAAGUCUUUCCAGCCCUGGUAGCAGGACUCCCCAUUCACAUAUUCAAGACAGCCCACAAUGCCCGGGAGAAGCUGGCAGAGGGCCUGAAACAUGAGAACAUCCAAACCAGAAACCAUGUCUCAGAACUGAUCCGCCUGCGCAUGUUUCUGAAUGACACGGUCUCCUGCUUUGACGCUGCCAACAAGGCCAAGACACAUCUGGCUCUGCUGUGGGCCGCGGAAGCAAACACCAUCCCAGCCACUUUCUGGAGCUUAUUUCAAAUGAUGAGGAGCCCUGAAGCUAUGAAAGCAGCUUCUGAAGAAGUAAGUCAAGCCUUAGAGAAUGCUGGUCAAAAAAUCAACUUUGAUGGCAAACCUAUUCGUUUGAACGCUAUGCACCUGAAUGAUCUGCCAGUAUUAGAUAGCAUCAUCAAAGAGUCCCUGAGGCUUUCCAGUGCCUCCCUGAACAUUCGGACAGCUAAAGAGGAUUUCACUUUGCACCUUGAGGAUGGUUCCUACAACAUCCGCAAAGAUGACAUCAUAGCAUUUUAUCCACAAUUAAUGCACUUAGAUCCAGACAUCUAUCCAGACCCUUUGACUUUUAAAUAUGAUCGAUAUCUUGACGAAAACAGGAAGACAAAGACCACCUUUUACAGUAAAGGACACAAAUUAAAGUAUUACUUCAUGCCGUUUGGAUCGGGAAAUGCCAUAUGCCCUGGAAGACUGUUUGCUGUCCAAGAAAUCAAGCAAUUUUUGAUUCUGAUGCUUUCCUAUUUUGAAUUGGAGUUCGUAGAAAGUCACGUUAAUUGCCCUCCUUUGGACCAGUCCCGUGCAGGCUUGGGUAUUUUACCACCAUUAAAUGACAUUGAAUUUAAAUAUAAAUUCAAGCAGUUGUGAAUAUUUAGCUGGAAAAAAAAAGAGAAAACCCAGUGGUAUUACAGAAUGGCAGUAAAUGCGCUUUUGGACAAAUACCUUACAUGGCUGUGAGCCCUCAGGGCCCAUUCUGUUGAAUGCUUGCACACAACCUUGACAUUCUGGUGACAGCUUCCAGUUACCAUCUGACAUAGUGGUGGAAAGAACUACUUUUAGGAGUGUAAUAAUUUGCUUUUGUUUAUGUAAUAUCUAAGCCAAUGAAUAUUCUUAUGGCCAGAGACUGAACUUGGUUAUUUUUAAAGAAAAAUGCCUUCUUUCUCAAAAUGAAGAAUUCCAAUUGACAGAUAUUUUUCCCUUAUGGAAAUGGCUUUAUUUUUAUAAAAAUUGUCCCUUAAUUAUGAGAGGCUCAAGUUCACGUUUUAGUGAAACUGAUUUUUUGUUUGUUUGUUUGUUUGUUACUCGAUUUAGGAGUUCUUCAGGUGUGGGCAUUUAUAAGUAUUAUGAAGGGUAUUCUAAAUGAUUGUAUCAUGUCUUAGUAGGAAGGAAUUCUUUUUAAGCUUUAAAUAUAUCCAGUAUUUAGGGUUUUUUAAAUGUUGAUCUUAGUGCCCUAAUAAUAUUAAAGAUGGUUUUCAUAUUGCUCCUUUAUAUGCUAAUUUAUUAUCGGUAGAAUAUUGUCAGGCUUUCAACCAUGUUCUCUAUACUUUUAUUUGCUUUAUUCGGAGACUGAAGAAGUAGUUUUCGUGUCAUUUCCGAAUAUGCAUUAGUGGAAAUAAUGUAGCUGUUAUGUGAUACAUUUAAAGAAUACACUGGAUAAAAAUCACCAUUUAAAAACUCUGCUUCUAAGGCAUUCAGCAUUUGUUAAGAGCAGCUAAAUGUUUUAUAUAAAACCUCUUUUCUCUAAAUGGCUUGCAGUUCUACCCAAAAUAAGGCUAUGAUAGUGUUUAUUAUAUAUAACCAUGCUUUGAUAAAAUAUUUUAUUAGAGCCAUCAGCUAUGACAUUUGUAUUGAUAUGCUGUAUUUAUAUGUAGAUUGUAUUUUUUCUUGUACUACAGAUGUGAAGAAACUAUUGUAAUGUGCUACUUUUGAAAUAAUUCGUCUUUAAGAAAUAAAAAAAACAAAUAUAUA